UUUGACCAUAUAUGUUGGGAUGAGUCUCUGAAGAGAUGUUUGUAAACAAUGUGUUAAAUUUUUUGUUCUUCGUUAAAUUCUAGUUGUACAGUAUGGAAUGGACUGUUCACCCAUAUUUGCCUUUUUAUAUUGCCGCGUUUCUGCAGUCAGGUUGGUUUAUUGCAGUUCAAACUUUACAAGUUUACAUAUUUAGUUCUACGGUUUUGCAACGUCUUUGACUAGUUUCCAAGUAAAUCGGUAUCGAUGACAGUUUAUUUUAGAGGAUUCAACGGCGAGUAGUUACGAGCACACUGUCAGUUAGUACUUGAGAGAUCGGACUCUCCUGUUUUAUUUCUUUUUUGGCUUGAAUAUGGACUUGGUUUACCGUCCUGUGAUUCUGUGUAUAACUUAGUGCUUCCACGGACAAUCACUAGCGAUUUGGAUGGGAGAUUGUAGCUGACUCGUUAUUCAUCAAAAACGUUAUCCACUGUAAUUCAUGAAAUAAGACUGUAAAAUUUUAUUAGCUAAGUUUUACGCGUAUGUAACUAUUUUUGGACAGUUACGAUAUUAGAGACACCGACUCUUACGUGAUAUAUCUAUUAUUGCUUGGGAAUAUGAACAAUUAAAUCAGUCAACACCCCACAUCAAAAGUUUGGUCUAAAAGUUUGCUAUGUUUUAAAAAUCACGUUGACAGUGAAUAGUUUUGUGUUUGUUGGUACAUCCAUGGUCCUUGCAUUGAAUCUGUGUAGAACAAUAGCGUCAGUAAACUACCGUAUACAAAAAAGUGCCUUUUUGACAGCGUAUGUACGGGCGUGUGCCUACAAUUCAUAUACAACGCCCAGGUGCAACACGCGCAAAAAGAAAAAGCGACGUAUCAUCUGCAGAGGUGCAGAAUGCAACAAUAAAAUAUCCCGAAAUUGGGAGUAUACACCCAACGGAUCAAAUAUGUAUUACUCAGAUGAACGGAAGUUACCCUUGAGAUUGGUGUCAUAUAAUGUGCUGGCUCAAGAUCUCCUGGAGAGCCACAGAUACUUAUACGCCGAAUGUAAAGAGGAGGAUCUGGUUUGGGAGAAACGUUGGAAGCGCAUCUUGGAAGAGAUUACUUCUGCAGAGCCUGAUGUAAUUUGUCUUCAGGAAGUUCAGGAGGAUCACUGGGAUCCAUUUUAUGUAAAUGAACUCUCAAAACUAGGUUAUAAGGGUCUGUACAAGAAACGAACAGGGGCCCGAGUGGAUGGUGUUGCCCUGUGGUACCGCUCAUCGCUUUUUCGUGUGGACAUUUGGAGUGCUGUUGAGUUCAACAUUCCCGGGGAACCUUACCUGGAUCGUGACAAUGUUGCUAUAGUAGCCAGAUUGGUUCCUACGAUACCUGGUUGGCAGCAUUUGGCAGUCGUAGUAGCCACCACUCACCUGCUGUACAACACUCGCCGCCACGACAUAAAACUGGCUCAGACCCAAUUGCUGUUAGCAGAGUGUGAGUCGCUGGCGUAUCGCUCAGAUGCCGCCAGAUUUGGUGGUCCACAGUAUUGGCCAUUGAUAAUCACAGGAGACUUUAAUCUCCUCCCAUAUUCAGGAGUGUAUAAAUUGCUCACAAAAGGGAGACUGGAGUAUGAAGGCUUAUGUGCCAAGACUUUGACACUGAUGCCUCCAGGAGAAGAUGGGAAAAGACUUGGAAAGAAGUUAAUCUCUCCAGAACGUAACAUAACUGACAAUUGUCAGUAUGUCUAUGACAUCCUAAACAGGCUUGAGGUGGAGGCUGGAGCUCCAGUGCAAGAAUGUUUGGCACCAACUCUAGACACUACACUACAGAACAUCAUCUCUAAGCAACCUGCUGUGGCAAAACAUCAUUGCUUCGCAGAUCUCAAAUUUGGAACAGGAACUCUCUCUCAUCCUUUCAAGCUACGCUCAGUAUAUUCACAUGGGAAACUCAACUCUGAUAUGGCAGAGGCAACAACAUAUCAAAAUGGUUGGUGCUCUGUGGACUAUAUAUUUUACAGUGUUCCUCAUGGUUUAAAAACUGAAGGCAAUCUGAAGAUGACAGCAAGGUACAAACUGUUUACACGUGGUGAAGCAAAAACUGUUGGUCCAAUUCCAAAUGAUGAACAUCCAUCCGAUCAUUAUCCAUUGAUGGUACAUUUCAUUCUUGUUCCAUGAUGAUUAUCAAAUAUUGCCAGAGAGCUGUGAAGGUAAUUCUUGUGACA